AGUAGGCGGAGGUCCGGGAGGAGUUGGUGGAGGCCCAGGUGGUAUUGGUUCCAGCACAGGUCCCACUACAGGAAAACCUCCUAAAGUGUACGGGGGUACGGGUGGCACUGGACUCCUCGGUACUGGAGGAGUCGCUGGAACUGGAACUGGUGGCCCAGGUGGAGCAUCUGGAGUGACAGCAGGAACCGGUCUGGUGCCUGGAGCAGGAGGGGUCGGAACCAGAAAACCUGGCAAAUCAUAUGGAGCCGGAGGCGCUCUGGGAGCAGGAGUUCCAGGAGGACUCCAACCAGGAAGUGGCUUACGGUACCCAACUGGAGCAGGUAUGGGAAAGCCUGGAAAAGCUUAUGGAGCAGGUGGUCUGGGUGGCCCAGGCGGCUAUGGUGCACAACCAGGUGGUGGUUACGGAGCAGGACCUGGAGGCUACGGCACUGGACCUGGUGGUUACGGUGCAGGACCUGGCGGCUACGGCACUGGACCUGGUGGUUACGGUGCAGGACCUGGCGGCUACGGCACUGGACCUGGUGGUUACGGUGCAGGACCUGGCGGCUACGGCACUGGACCUGGUGGUUAUGGCACUGGACCUGGUGGUGCUGGUACUGGCCCUGGUGGUUAUGGCACUGGCCCUGGUGGUGCUGGUGGCCCUGGUGGUUAUGGCACUGGCCCUGGUGGUGCUGGUACUGGACCAGGUGGUGCUGGUACUGGACCAGGUGGUGCUGGACCUGGUGGUGCUGGUGCUGGCCCUGGUGGUUAUGGUGCUGGUGCUGGUGGUUAUGGCACUGGCCCUGGUGGUGCUGGUACUGGCCCUGGUGGUUGAUGGUACUGGCCCUGGUGGUUAUGGUGCUGGCCCUGGUGGUGCUGGUGCUGGCCCUGGUGGUUAUGGUGCUGGCCCUGGUGGUGCUGGUGCUGGUGCUGGACCUGGAGGAUAUGGAGCUGGAGCUGGGGGAUAUGGCCCAGGAGGAAGGAAACCACCCAAAAGCUACGGAGGUGCUGGACCAGGUGGGGUUGGCGGAGGUCCAGGCGGAUAUGGUGGAGCGCUUGGUGGAGUCGGAGGUGGCCCUGGCGGAGUUGGCACAGGUCCUGGGGGAGUUGGUGCUGGUCCAGGAGGAGUCGGCCGUGAGCCUGGCGGAGUUGGUGGUGGCCCAGGCGGAUAUGGAACAGGUCCUGGAGGCGUUGGAGGAGGUCCUGGUGGAUAUGGCACUGGACCUGGAGGAGUUGGUGGAGGACCUGGAGGAGCAGGAGUGGUUCCAGGUGGUGCAGGUGCUGGAGGUUUAGGAUAUGGGCCAGGUGGAGUUAAACCCCCUAAAAGUUAUGGUGCUGGAAGAGGAGGUGCUGGAGGUCUUGGAGGAGGCCCUGGAGGAGUGGGCGGAGGUCUGGGAGGACUUGGUGUAGGUCCAGGAGGUGUUGGCGCAGGCCUGGGAGGAGUAGGAGGUGGACCUGGAGGAGUUGGCGGGGGUGGUGGAGGACUCAGGUACCCAGGAUUGGGAGCAGGGGCUAGCAAGCCUGGGAAAUCAGGUGCCGAUUUUAAUUCACCCUCAGCAUUGUUGUCUGGAGAUGGGGAGAUAGAACAGGAUCAGAAAGAUAUGGAGCUGGUGCCCUUGGAGGUCAGGGCUAUCAACCAGGAGCUGGUGGACCUGGAUAUGGUGGUUAUCAGCCCUACCCAGGUUACAGAGGAGCAGGAACAGGAGGAGCUGGAGCUGGGCAAGGAGCAGGAGGACAAGCCCCUCUCACUCCUCAGCAGUCUAAAGCAGCCAAAUAUGCAGCCAAAUAUGCCGCCCUCCAAGGAUUUCUUGGAGCAGGUGGUUAUAGAGGAGGUGCCUUGCGGAGGAGGAGGAAGUGAGGGCCUCACGGAGGGAAGUGACCUCAUAAACAACGUGGUGCUACUGCAUGAUCGAGAAUGUACUUCUUACAGCUCGGCCCAAGAGAUCCCGUUCAUGUGCAAAACGUCUUUUCUGUCGUUGACCUUCUUAUCCUUUAUGUUUGUAUUGUGAGAUUUCUACAAACAAAACAGCUGUCUUGAUAUUGAACACGCCAAAUGUACACACUGACCAUUGUGGCCACCCAAGUAUUGUAAAUGUGGCCUUAUAAAAUGCUGGUUGGUUAUCACUUCAUUUGCUCUUGUUAUGUAGAGAUUUAUGCUGUUGUACUGUGCUCACAGCUAUCACUUUCCUGUUUAGUGUCUUGGGUGGACUCUGCUUAUCUGUGAAUGGCAUCAUUUAUGAGGGACAUACUAAGUAACAAUUGUAAGAUCAACUGUUAUUCUCACAUAUUCUCACAAUCAGUGACAAGACAUUUAAGUGCUAAGCAGAACCUGAAAUGUCAGUUCCUUUUUUUUCUCUUUUUCUGGGUAAGUCUUUUAACGUUUAAUUUCCAAACUUACACGUCAGGACGUAUGUCGUCAAGGGACUUGUCGCUGCUAUUCAGGGAUCCUCUGAUGCCAGAGGUUACAGCAUUGCCAGGCUGAGAAAAGUGACAAAUCUUUUGAGAUACCUCUGAGAUUCUAAUGUUCCCUAGCUACAUCUUCACCGGUGUCAUGCAAACGUAAGGGAGCGAGAUGAUUAGCUCAUGAAUCUAAGCUUUUGAAGCUAACAAUGAUCCUCUGUGCAUUUGUGAUGCAAGAAAAACAACAACAUUCUUUUCCUCAUACUUUUGAUAUUACUACUAGUUUUUCACUCAAGCUUUCUAAAGUGAUUUCCACGUGUUUUCUUUUUGUUUAUUUUAAAUUAUGAGAUAUGAAAAUUAGAUGUGUUUUCUUAUUUUUCCUUUUUUAUGUGUGAGUGUGAGUUUGUAUCUUCAUUAAACAUUGUUGUUGUUAAACAGUUUAACACUAGGAGACUUUUCUACAUGGUGUCUCAGAGAACAGAAACUAUGUGAUCUUUGUGUUUUCAGAAUUGCAAUUCAGUUGCAUAUGUGACCCGAAUUAAGUGGUCAAUGAGUGUUGUCCAUUGUUUAAUGUUUACUCUUUUAAGUAUUCACUGGUUCGUCAACAUUAGUCCAACAGAUAUCAAUGUUUGUCUUGAAAAAGUGUUUUUCUUUGACUGUAAAUGGGAUUGAUGCACUAUUUCAUGAUGCAUAAUUACCUGUCUGCAGGUAUAGGCAUAACCCCAGGCGUGAUAACUUCUAUCAUUAAAAACAAUACAAUUUGA